AUACCUGCGUACAUCUCAAGAAACCACCACUUAUAGACUACUGUUAACGGUCAAUCUCUAUUAUGCGUCGCGCUCAAAGUACAAGGCAUCACGGUCGUCCUUCGACAGCUCAGGGCACAGGCGGAGCGGACGACUUGAGCGUGUUGAAGGAAAUAGAGGAUACUGCAGAGGACUCAUUGAGAAAACAGCUGCUAGAGAAAGAUAGGGAGAAUGACAAGCUUCGGACGCAGAUACAAGGGUUACAGGCACAACUCAUGCAACGACCACCGGCUGAGGCCGUACAGGUACUGGAAAAGGAGUACAAGAAUCUCGAGCUGAUACUUCAAGGGACACAGAGAGAGAACGAGAGGGCUAUGAUGGAGCUGGACAGGGGUAAGACAAGAGAGAAGAUGCUCGAACGCGAACUGACGAAGCUGGUCGGCGAUAAUUGGCAGGAAAUGCUCGAGAUUUCGGCUUCCCCUGCCGGCGCCACAGUACCAACGCGAACCCUCUUCGGAAGACGUGGAUCGAUCACAAGCCCGCCACAGAAUGGAGAACCAUCGUCUACAACGAACGAGGCCACACUUGCGCAGAUGGAGCAGGUGCGAUUGCUUGUGCUCGGGUUGGACCAGCGUAUGCAGGCCAGAGAAGGCUCCUUGAUGCAGAUUAUCCAGCGUGCUGAAGGUGAGGGGGCGAAGUUCGAGGAGUUGCGGAAGAAUGCGUUAGCCGCAAAGACUUGA